CGAGCAGCCAGACUCCAGCCUGCACCGCACUGGGACCUAAGCAUGGCACAGAGGGGGACAACAAGGAACGGAGUGGCAGACAAGAUCCCAGCUUCAGAUCUACCUCAGCCUGCCAAAAUCCAGCGAGUCAUUUACACCAAGAUUUUCAUCAACAAUGAGUGGCACAUGUCCGUUAGUGGAAGGACGUUCCCAACUCUGAACCCGGCAACUGGGGAUACAAUCUGUGAGGUCCAAGAAGCAGACAAAGAGGAUAUUGAUAAGGCGGUUGCAGCAGCCAAAGCGGCCAUGCAGCUGGACUCUGCUUGGCGGAAGAUGGAGCCCCCCCGCAGGGGGAGGUUGCUGCACAAACUAGCAGACCUGGUGGAGAGGGACCGUAAACUGCUGGCGACCUUGGAGUCACUGGACACAGGGAAGCCAUUUCUCCAAGCUUUCUUCACUGAUCUGGAAGGUAGCAUCAAAACGCUGCAUUACUACGGAGGCUGGGCUGAUAAGAUUCAUGGCAAAAGUUUGCCUGUGGAUGAAACCUUUGUGUGUUUAACCAGACAUGAACCUAUUGGCAUUUGUGGAGCCAUUAUCCCAUGGAACUUCCCUCUGCUGAUGCUCAUGUGGAAGUUAGCACCGGCCUUGAGUUGUGGAAACACCGUGGUCAUCAAACCGGCAGAGCAGACCCCACUCACUGCGCUGCACAUUGGAUCACUGAUCAAAGAGGCAGGCUUCCCUGCUGGAGUGGUGAACAUCGUUCCAGGGUUUGGAUCCACAGCCGGAGCAGCGAUUGCCAGCCAUGAAGGCAUUGAUAAAGUGGCCUUCACCGGCUCCACAGAGGUGGGCCAACUGAUCAAAGAGGCUGCAGCCAAAAGUAAUCUGAAGAGAGUCACUUUGGAGCUGGGAGGGAAGAACCCUUGUAUUGUGUUUGCUGACUGUGACUUGCAGCUGGCUGUGGAGGAAAUUCAAAAAGGAGCUUUUUACAACCAAGGCCAGUGCUGCACAGCUGCAUCACGUGUCUUUGUGCAGGACAGGAUUUAUGAGGAGUUUGUGCGCCGUAGCAUAGAAAAUGCCAAGAAGAUUGUCAUAGGAGACCCACUGGACCCCCAGACGACCCACGGGCCACAGAUAGACCAACAACAGUUUGAAAAAAUAAUUGACCUGAUAGAAAGUGGGAAAAAAGAAGGAGCCAAACUGGAAUACGGAGGAGGAGCUGUGGGAGAAAAAAGUCUCUUUAUUCAACCCACCAUCUUCUCCGAGGUCAAAGACAGCAUGAGGAUCGCCAAGGAAGAGAUCUUUGGGCCUGUGCUCUGUAUAUUCAGCUUUAAGAGCAAACAGGAAGUCAUAGAGAGGGCCAACAACUCUCAGUAUGGCCUGGUGUCUGCUGUGUUCACAACAAGUAUGGACAGAGCUCUGUCUGUGUCUGGAGCCCUGGAGACUGGAACUGUCUGGAUAAACUGCUAUAACGCCAUGCAUGUCCAGACUCCGUUUGGAGGAUACAAGAUGUCAGGAAAUGGAAGAGAGCUAGGGGAAUACGCCCUUGCAGAGUACUCUGAGGUAAAAACUGUAACCUUCAAGAUGAAUGACUCCAUGUGAGCGGAGCUGGGAAGGUCCAUGCCCCCCUGCACUGUCCUGAUCCUUAUGUCAUCCUGUUUUAAAACUAUAGAACAUCAGAAUGCUUGAUUUAGAUAGUUAAAUCUCCAGGUUGUGAACACUAAUAGAAAAUAUUUGGGUUAGAAAUUCUAUGCCUUCAGAAAGCAUUAAUCUCUUUUAGCAUUUUUUUCACAUUUUUACACUUUGUAUAAUUUAAUUAACAUAUAUUAACAUGUUUGUAGACAAUGGCAAAAAUGAUUUAUUCACAAUGAGAAUUUUAAAGCUGAAGAUUAAAUAAAGUGUGAGAUUAUGUUUAUCUCCUGAAUUUCCUGAAAGUUUUUCAGAACA